AUGGCAGCCUCCAUUGAAGCUAUCGAGAAGGUCAAUAUGUGCUACGCAAUCUUAGGUAAGGUAAGCUUCUCUUUUAUGGUGCCAACCAUAAUCAAUUAUGGUGCGUCUUCUUCCUUCGACGGCUUAUGUCUCAUCGUUUUGGCGCCAGACUCUGCUCCGGUGGGCGCCUCUCUAGCUGCAUGGUGGGCCUCGUGGCUGCAGCUGGUCCAGUCGUGUGCAUGCAUGAGAGGAGGCCAAACCUCCUCGACUCCAACAGAAAAUGGGCAGUAUACGACCAUGGUUUCUGACUUUUGCAUUGAUUAUGUUGUUGUUGCAGGCUGUAUCUUAGGGGCGUCGUCAAGUUCGCCGUCAGCUUGUCCCACGAAGAGCUUCGUUCAUAUCUUUUCUAACAGGGUUGAAGUAAAAAUUGGUAGCUACUGCAUGCAUGCAUCUUGGAAGCAAAAACUGGGAAUGAUGGAAGCAAAAAUUGAAACGUAA